AUGGCCCAGAUACCCAACAAGACAGACUCUCAUGUACGAUUCCUCACCUUCAAUGUCAAUGGACUUCGAACUUUUUUCCAUUACCACCCAUUUAGUAGUAUGAACAACUCUUUGACCAAAGUAUUCGACUACUUUCAGUCCGACAUUAUAACAUUUCAAGAGCUUAAAACAGAUUUACCAGCAUUGACAAGAUGGGGAAAAACCCGACACUUCCAUUCAUUCAUAUCUAUACCUGUUAAACGACGCGGCUAUUCUGGAGUUGGUUGCUGGGUGCGCAUUGUUGAUCCUGGUGAUCCUCUAUUUGAUAUUUUACAGGUGGUCAAAGCAGAAGAAGGUAUAACAGGUUACCUUAAGAUCAAGGCUGGCAAAAGCAGUGUCAGAUACCGCGACGCUAAGGAUAUUGGUAUUGGUGGGUACGACCUACUGGGAAUAUCGGACGAAAAUGAAGCUUUAGCCCUAGACUCCGAAGGAAGAUGCGUCAUGGUCGAAUUGAAGUGCAAUACAGUAAUAGUCAACACAUACUGUCCAGCGAACUCGUCACAAACCGAUGAAGGUGAAGAAUUCAGAUUGAAGUUUUUGAAGGUUUUGUUCAGACGAAUACGGAAUUUGCAUAAUGCAGGAAAGAUUGUGGUGUUAAUGGGGGACAUCAAUGUAUGCAGAGAUCUUAUUGAUCAAGCAGAGGCUCUCAAAAAUGCCGGUGUUAUGGUGACUGCUCUCACAAAAGGAUCAUCAGUCGAGUCUUCAAACCCUGAAGCCGUUAAGGACUUUAUAUACGCACCUUCUAGGCCAGCAAGACGGUUAUUGAAUGAAAUGCUAAUAGACUCAAAAGUCCCAGAACUAGCGACCUCGGGAGCUUUGAUUGACACGACGAGAUUUAUACAGGGAGGAGAUAGGCUCAAGAUGUACACAGUAUGGAACACCUUAAAAAAUUCAAGACCUAUAAACUAUGGAUCGAGGAUUGAUUUCAUAUUUGUUUCGGCUACUAUGAGAGACCAAAUUGAGCAAGCUGACAUAUGGCCUCAAGUGAUGGGCUCCGAUCACUGUCCUGUUUACGCUGACAUGAGACUGCAGGCGUCAACGAAUACAAUAUCCACAGGACCCAUGACCUUACCUCCUUUCGAGGCCCGGUUCAAACACAAUUUGAAUAAUCGAGAUAUCACAAGCAUGUUUCGACAAGCUUCAACUGCACGCGAAGGAAGUACAAUAAGUCGUCAGUCAGAUAAUCGCGUUACAAAAGCAGCAACAGAUAAGAGACAGCGGCAAGCAUCAAUCGCGGCAGCAUUGCAAGAUCAUUCGGCCAAGGUGCGAAAACCGAUGGAUGCUGAUGCUGAUGCUGACUCUGAUGCCGACCUUGUGGGAAAUGACAGCACAUUGUCCAUGCAACCUGCCAUACCCGCCAAAGAAUCUAAAUCAUUUUUCAAGAUGCUGAACGGAAUACUAGACAAGCCGCCUGAGUGCAAGCAUGGAGAGCCCACAAUUUUAAGAACUUCUAAAACCCAAAAUAAUCCCGGCAAGAAAUUUUGGGUCUGCUCUAGGCCCAAAGGAGAUGCCAACGACGAAAACGCAUCGUGUGGAUUUUUCCAAUGGAAAUGUUAG